AUGGGUUUCCUCGACUGGAACGACGGAGCCUCAGUGCUCUCAACCCGAACCUCAUCUCGUCGCCAUAAAUCAUCUCGCUCUCACAAGAAGCAUCGCUCACGAUCAAACUCGAGCGAGCGCGGCCGCGGCUUCGCAGAGUCCCUUUUUGGUGGCGACAAUUACAAAAAGAACAGUUCAUCGCGCGCUUCCUUCUUUGGUCUCGGAGGCAACAACAGCAACCGUUCCAGCUUCUUUGGAAACAGUCGCUCCUCUUACUACAAGCGCUCCCCUCGUCAGGGCUUCGUCCAAAAGACAUACAAGCAGCUCAAGCGUCUCCUACGCGACCUGGUCCACUGGGCCAAGCGACACCCAUGGAAGGUCUUCUUCAUGGUCAUCAUGCCCCUCAUCACCGGCGGAGCUCUGACUGCUCUCCUCGCCCGCUUCGGCCUGCGCAUUCCCCCGGCCAUUGAGCGCAUGCUUGGCGUCGCCUCCAAGGCUGCCACAGGUGACUCCUCUGGCCUUGUGGGCGAAGCUGUUCGCAUGGCCAGCGGUUUUGGCGGCAACACCACUGUUCGCAUGGAGCGCGAUACGCACACAUUCGGCAGUGGGGGAGGCGGCUUCGGUGGUGGCGGCGACUCUUCCUGGGGUGGUCUCGCUGACAUGGCCAAAAAGUGGAUGUGA